GGAAAGCAGUGCGUCAGGAUUAAUACAGGUUCAUCAACCUACUAUCCUUAUUACUGAAGACUGAGGCUUGAACGUUAAAUGCAUAUUGGAUAUUGAAACUGCAGACAUCUGGCGGCGCGGAGUUACUCGUGAGGAUGUCGUUGUCAAAGUAUAUUUCCCCUCCCUUGACUUCCCUCCCACUGUGCUUACCCCGUUAUUAUGGCGGUGUGAUUCUAGUGGGUGUGAGCGCAUUCGGGUUAAACAUUUACUUCGCCCGGCGAGUUAUGCAAGCUCGCAAAGAACACAGCGUUGAGUUGCCUAUUAUGUACCACCCCACAAACAAAGUAUUUAACUGCAUCCAAAGAGGUCAUCAAAACUAUCUAGAGGUUCUCCCCUUUUUUCUCAUGGCGUUGUUCCUGGGUGGUUUGCGUUACCCUCGGACGUAUACUGCGUGUGGUGUAGUAUUUCUCCUUGGUCGCCUAUUAUAUUUUCAGGGUUAUGCAACCGGAGACCCAGCAAAGCGUCAUAAAGGUGCUAUUUCCAUGGCCGGUGGAUUCCCAAUGAUUAUGGGGUUGCUAGUUUUCGGUGUUCAGCACUUGGUAGCGAGUAUAAGGUGUACGGGUUGUGCAUUGCGUAGUUGAGGGAAGUUGGGUCAUAUGUAACAGCAUUCAUAAAUAUUUAGUAGACGACUAUUUUUAUCAUUGUCAUGCAUGCAUUUAGAAUAAAACUAUUUCACAAAAUGUUCUUUUCGCUUAAUUUACAUUAGUGUUAAUUUCAAAGCUGAAUUGUAUUACUUGGUAUUCAAGUUUUUACCAAGGGUCACCAAAAGUCCAAAUGUGAUUCCCUUUCACUUUACAAACCGUACACUAGAGCAUUUCAAACAAAUAAUGUAAAUUAUAAGGAUUUAAACAUGCAAAACAUGCUUCUAUUGCCAUGUGCAAAUUGGUAAGGGGAAUCCACAAAUUCGGUCAUGCUACCUGAAGAACCAUAAUUUCCG